UGUUUUUCUGUUCUUUUCUUUAUUGUUUGUUUCCUCUUCAAGGAAUUGUUAUAUUGGCCUCAUUUGGAGUCAACAUGAUCUGUGAAUGCUAGGGAUUUUGGAAUGACAAUAAUGACUGUAGAAGUAUGACUGAUCCUGAAAAAAGUGUGUAGAAUGUGGACGUUCUAUGGUACAAAGUAUGGUGAUCGAUUUGCCAACUUUAUUGGUUUUUUAAUAAUUUGGCCAGUUGCUUCAUUUAGACACAAUGGUUAAACCACAUGAUAUCAAUUUUCCUUGAAUCUUUAUCGUUUUUUGAGGUUAUCAGGUCAAUGGCAGUGCCUUUCCUUGGUUCAAGGCUACACCACUGAUUUUUCCAAUAAAGGAGGACCGUGUUUUUCUAUUUUUCUUUUUUUUCACCUUCUCUGAAGAAGCUGUUGAUAUCUCUUUUUUAUUUAAACUUUGCAAGCUCUUACAUGAGGGUAACUACCGAAUGGCAACGACGUGCUUUGAGCGAGCAAGGUACGAAUACGGGGAGAAAUUGGCUAAAGCCUCUGCUUUCAAAGCAAAUGCAGAUCUCAAGCAUGUUUUAAGUCCAAAAGAGGCUUCUGACCUUCGAAGGCAGGCUGCAGAGAUUUUUGAAGCAAUUGGAGUGGCUGACUCUGCAGCGGAGUGUUUCUACAUGUUGAAGGAAUACGAGAAAGCAGGUAGUAUAUUUAUGGAAAAAUGUGGAGAAUCUGCUCUGCAGAAAGCUGGGGAGUGUUUUUCUCUGGCUGGGCACUACAGUCGUGCGGCGGAGGCAUACGCAAGGGGAAAUUUUUUCUCCAAGUGCUUGUCCAAUUGUGCCAAAGGAGAACUCUUUGAAAUGGGUCUGCAAUAUAUUGGGAAUUGGAGAAGGCUGGGAAAUGAGGACAGGGGAACAGUAAGGAAAAGUAAAGAAAUAGAGAAAUUGGAACAAGACUUUUUAGAGAGUUGUGCCCUUCAUCACUAUGACCUCGGAGACUACAGGGCCAUGAUGAAGUAUGUGAAGGCUUUUCGUUGCAUUGAUUCAAUGCGAAACUUACUCAAGAGGCUAGGAUGCCUUGAUGAGCUUAUCAGUUUGGAGGAAGACUUUGGUAACUUUUCGGUGGCAGCAAAGAUUGUGAGGAUGAAAGGUGACAUCCUUCGCGAGGCUGAUCUACUUGGAAAGAGUGGACAAAACAAAGAAGCGUCAAUGAAUAUCCUGUGGUACGUGUUAUUCUAUUCCCUUUGGGCUCCUGGAAGCAAAGGGUGGCCCUUGAAGCAGUUUGCACAAAAGGAGGAGCUGGUAGCAAAAGCCAAACAUCUUGCAAAGUCCGAGCCUAUUGCCUUCUACGAAUAUGUUUCUGUAGAAUCAAGCAUUCUGCUAAACAAACAGAGCAGCUUGGCUGAAUUGAAAGAAUGUUUUAGUACUUCCAGGAGAAAUGGAAGUGUCAGAGGUGAAAUACUAUGCGCUCGAAAUAUUCUGGACUUCCAUCUUCGUCAAAAUAUCUCUAAUUUUUUUUGGGAAUAUGAUUGGCUUGUCGACCCAAUGGAGUAUUCUGAACCACGGAUCCUGGGGAAUCAGAUUUCCAUUGACUCAUUGGUCUGCUUUUGGAAUCUUUGGAGAGAGAAGAUUGUUAGAAUUAUAAAGUGUGUAGAAUGUGUGGAGAUGGUUGAGGAAAUGGAAAAUAGGUGCUUUUGGGAGUUCUGUUUGAAUUACUUUGGUGUUUUGGAGCAACGGACCAACAUGCAAGGAACUUAUCACCUUCUAAACCCAGAUGCUGAUUGGGUCAGAAACAUAGACAAAAGAAUUCUUCAAAGAAAUGGACAAUUGGUUGCUUUGGAGCUUCGACAAUUGGUCUCUGCUGCUCAAAAGUAUUGGUAUUCUGAGCUUACUUCUCUUGGUAUGGAGCUCCUGGACAAAUUGGAUGCACUUCAUCUGUUUUUGGCAAAGAGUUCUCUGCCGAACUUCUGGCAAAGCAGAUGUCUUGUUCUCAUACAUGAGGUUGCAAAGUUCCUUCAAGAACUCGAUUGUCCCAAUCCCUCGUUCCGGGAUAGCGGGGCACUGGAGGGUUUCAUCGACACAUCCUGUAGGAGGUACUUUGGUCACAUAUUUCCUCUUGACUGGCGACUAUCACCAGCAGAGAAUAUGAUAUCUCUAAGAGGAAGUCAGGCUUCUCGCCUUUUUACUUAG